GCCUUUGAGCAGAGCCCGCUCCAGAGCAGCGAGUGAAACCCUACCCGCACACGGUAUUAGGACAUGGGCACUUGAACGGGCCCUUUUCAUGUGACUCUAUUCAAACAGAACGGCUCGCCCCCAUUUGUGAGCUCUCAGGUUCAGAGUUUGGGAGCACUCCCGCUAGGGUCUGGGCCACCAAGUUUUUCUCGGGACGAUAUAUCGUCGAUUUGGGACGAUUUCCGGCCUCCAAUGGGAUUGGAAGUCGGUGGACGAAGAUUUGGAGGAGUACAUUAGCAUGUGAAAGGCGGGUUUGGGCGGCUUUGUGAAUCGGAGGGGGCCGGGAGUGGAGCUUACACGGUUCGGGUUGCACUCCCAGCCAAACACGCCUGCCCCGUUGGACUACCACUGACGUAGCCCCACCACCGACGGCCCUGAUUGGAUUUUUUGCCGUGUUGUAGCCCAGCAGGGACCCUGGAGACGAGGAAUCCCUGCCGGGAGGACUACAAGUAUCACGCCGGGCCGCGUGGCAGCGACAUCCUGGUCGACGAUCGGCUCCAGGCGGCGGAAGAAGGCAGCGAGUCCGCUCGGGAAACCGUGGCACCGCUGGCCGAAGGGGGUGUCAUUCUAUCCGCGGCAGGCAUUUUCUGUUGGUAUUUGCGGGGUAAACAAGCUUUUGAAAACAAAAUUUCCUCGCCGUGGUACCCUCGGACAUCAUUCUUUUCGAGCGUUAAUGGCCUAAAGUGGAACUGGCACGGGCUUUUGGUAGGAAAAGUCCUUCCACCGAUUGAUUCAUAGCCGCAGUGGGACCUGUUGCAUUUUUCCUGUAGCGAGUUUUUGUAGCGCCGUUGAGUGAGUGGCGCGACCGGCAGGGGAACGUGGUGCACUCAGCGGUCCUCACAACAACAAUCCAACAUUUUCCCGGCAAAAUGCUCAACCAGGACCGCUAAAUACCAGGAAUCGAGACUGUUGUGACUUCUUGUCUGUGUGUGGGGGACGUCACGGGACCUGUUGCCCCCGUCCCUGCUGAAGUUGUUGUCGGGAAUAUCGUCGUGUGGACGGACUAACUACAACAACAGUCAUGUGCGAGGACUACAGAAUGGACUCUCUCCGGGACUUGAUAUGUCGAGGUUGCGAGGCGGAAAGGAGGAAAAAGAAGGAACUACCUAGCCAUCAUUCCCACCCAAGCUGCUCUAGAAGAUUUUCUGACUCGAGUGUAAGAAGACCUGUACAACAGAUGAUGGCGAUGUUGUGGACCGCACUCUUGUUUUUCCUACAUGUCCAAUCAACACUGGGAGCUCGAGGACCGCCUCGACUUUCGGAACGAGUUAUCACGCACCAAACUGUACGAUUAGGACGGAAUAUCAAACUGCCGUGUCCCGUGGAGGGCGACCCCCCUCCCCUCACCAUGUGGACAAAAGACCUGAAAACGAUACACAGCGGUUGGACGAGAUUUAGAGUCCUACGCCAGGGUUUGAAGAUAAAAAACGCGGAGGCGCACGACGCCGGACAUUACACGUGUAAAGCGACCAACGGCUUCGGGAGCAUCAACGUAAACUACUCACUCACCGUCAUAGAUGACUCCAAUCCAGCAAGACCAGUUGGAACAACGCCAGUCGGUGGAACCAAACCCAGAUUCACACAGCCACAGAAGAUGAGGAGAAAGAUCAUCCAGAGACCGAUGGGCAGUUCCGUCCGGUUGAAGUGCUCUGCGAGCGGUCAGCCCAAACCGGAAAUCAUCUGGUCAAAAGACGGGAGAACGCUCACCGACGAGGAUUUAGGUGGGGCAAAGAAGGGUCAGAGGUGGACUCUGAAGCUGCGCAACCUCAGGCCGAGGGACAGCGGUCGUUACACCUGCAAGGUGUUCAACAGGAUUGGGAGCAUUAAUGCUACCUACAAGGUGGACGUCAUAGCUCGCAUGACGACGAAGCCACAGCUCACCGGCGUCCACCCGGUCAACACGACGGUGGACUUCGGCACCACCGCGUCCUUCCAGUGCCGCGUUCGCAGCGGCGUGAAACCGCACAUCCAGUGGCUGAAGCGCGUGGAGGAACACGAGCUCCACAAGCACCCCAACACGACGAUCGACGUCGGUGGGGUCAAGUUCAUCGUGCUGCCCACCGGGGACGUCUGGUCGCGCCCCGACGGGUCGUACCUGAACAAACUCAUGAUCAGUAAGGCUAAGGAGGAGGAUUCAGGGAUGUACAUCUGCCUGGGGGCCAACACCAUGGGGUACAGCUACAAGGCUGCUUUCCUCACAGUCAAGCCUGAUCCAGACAAGGUAGAGGACCCGGCGAUAACGACUAAGUCAGUCAUGAGCAGGAGUUCUUUAAGCAGCAAGGUGCCGCUAGUGGUGGUCAUCGGAAUUCCCGCCGCGCUCGGUCUGAUUCUCGUCAUCGGUGGCGUCUGGUUCUGCCAGCAACGGAAACGCUGUCCGUCGCCACCCGCCAGCGUUCGGACGCCGACUCGGCAAUACGUACCCCAGCACGACGCGACGUCGCACGGCACGACCGUCUUGUCGUUACAGCGAGAUAAGGACUCGUCUGGUUCGUUGUCGUCGGGGAUGCACCCGCCGUCCGGGCUGCUUAGCCCCGCGGCGAGCCCCACGGGAACUCUCAGCUCCAACAGCACGUCAACGAGAGAAAAAUACCUGAACAGAUACGCAGACAUUCACACGCACACCCACACCCACACAGAGGGAGUCAGUAAGGUCUACCAGCACCAACACAUUCACUACCAGUGUUAGCCCUAAUCCUCCAUCCUUCCUUAUUUAUAAAAACGAAUCUUCCUUAUGUCUUGGUGUGUGCCUAGAGCUGGCUUAGACGAGCACCUGUCCGUUGUAAGAUGUUUUUACUUUUACAACGUCAUCACAACGUCAUUGCUUUUUCGUUACGUUUUGCCAAAUAGUGUCUGGUGCUAAGAGUUCGUGUAGUAUUUGUUUCAUGUCUGUACUAAAAGAGUCUAUACAAGAAAGAUUUGGAGAGUAUUUAAUGGUAAAUGAUAUAUUUGUGAUGUGUAGAAACGAGUAUCAAAUUGAGGACAAAGUUUUGUCGUAUUAUUGACAGGUGUCGAUCAUAGCCAGCUCUGGUCACACUGUUUCAUAGCUCGGAAGUUUUUUUGCAUGCACAAUCAUGAAAAAUUUUGUAUAUUAUUUGUACAUUUGUAAAUAAGUUAAGAAUGGUUAAAAAAAAAAGAAAUUGAUGGUCCGAGAGUAAAGUAUAGCCUAUUUUGUUACAAAGUCGAUGCCAAAAUGAAAGAGAACAACAGUUGUAAGAGGGAGAGUAACAAGGUGCCAUCAGUGUAUGUAAAAUUUCCUCCUAUCAUUUGUCUUUUUACAAAGGCAUUUGGUUGCAGAAGAUUGAUGCUAUAAGGGCUGUUCCAUUUUAAGAGAAUGGGGUAAAAACCUCAUUUUCUUCUACCAACUAUUCAAUUAUAUUCAAAUUUUCAUAUACCCCCUCCAUUUAACGAAAAAUCACCCCUUGAUCAAACACUACCGGUACCCAAGAAAAAAUGCCCCCCUCCCCAUACACAGAUGGUUUGCUUCGAACUUGACACUGAUGGCAUUUGCGGACAGUUACUUCCUUACACAAUCGGAGUUUGUCAGGUGACAUUCCAGACAGCGUAGGUCCCCAACCUAACCCUCUGUCACGAGGAGUGGUGUCGUGUGCGUGAAGACCGCAAUCUCGCGAGAAAAAAGGAUGUAAAAUAAUGGUUUUUUCCUUAUCCCACUGUCAGAAUGCUUUGUAAAUAAUUGGUUGUGAUGCCCUAUCACUGCAGACAAAAAAUGACUUUUUUUGUUACCUCCGUAUGUUUAAAUCUCAACUAUUAUACCUCUACCUUUUCAAUUUUUUUUUACCACAACGUCACGUACGUCUAUGUCAUAACAGUUCGAGUUGGCUUUUUAACAAGUUUGGUUCUUUUCUGUUCGGAAAAUAGUUAAUGCAACACAUGUAUGCAUUGCAUCCUCAACAAAAUGUUCACUUAGUUCCAGUUUUACGGAAUUUCAUACUUCUCAAUUCUGGUUAGGUUUUGUUAUGUGCCAACACUGCCAACUUGUGUUUUUGUGUAUUCUUCUCUACACCCUUCUUAUAGAAGGUAUGACAUAUAGUUGCCCUCAACCGCAAGUUCAAAUAGAUGAUCACUGAAACAUAUAAGCCAGCAAAAACGACAACCGAAGCCACAUUCGAGGGCGUAUCUGUAAAAUAUUGGAUUUGUUAUUCCGUCAUAACUGUCAUGUUUUGUUUUUGCACCAGAGUGGUAACAAAAAGUAUGUUAUAUACAUCGUGAAGAAAAAGUCGAUGUAGUCCGAUGCCAAAGAAUUGGAUGCUUAGAAGAAGAAACAGUUAAGCACCACAAUGUAAUUUUUGCAAUGUAAUUUUUUUCUAUGUUACAAAUGACUUGUGUAGAGUUUUUGUUUAGCUGUAUAGAGCUAUAUUUAAAGAUGUCAUAAACCAUCUAUGAUUAGAUGUAUAUUGAACAUUAUUGAAGGAGGGAGUUUUUAUGAUUGACAGCUGUCUUUAUCAUGUCAAAUCGUAUGUUAUUAGUACAGUGAUCAUUUUAAGUUUUUUUCUAAGAUUGUAAUAUCUGAAGAUGAUUGAAAGACUCCUCUUUUUUACAGUCCACUUUUGAAUUAGCAAAAUGUGGACUUCUUAUAUAUAUUUCUGUUUCAAAAAGGAUGAGAGAUAAAUAUAUUGUCUGCCUUUCUAUGAAAGACAACAGCGAACCAUCCUUUUGUUACAAUUAUCAGCCAGAUUGCGAAGAUUUUCCCUCUUAACCACGGCACAGUCGAUGGUGUAUUGGGAACUUCAAAUACAGUACGGCUUUUCCGAGUUUUGAAAGAGGGCAAGUACAUGGACAAAUUGCAAUAUAACUUGAAGUAAACUCUUUCUCAUAAAAAUAGAUUUAUUUUUGUUUCACUUUUGAGUAGGGCAAUGUUUUAGUCUACAAUAUUUUUGUUACAUCUUUUUAAAAAGAAUUGAGUAACAACUGAAGAUGGAUAUGGACAGCUGUCAAUCAAAGUAAAUGCCCCUCCUUUGAUGAAGAGAGUGAUUAUAUGUACAUAGACUGUGAGGACAAAUGUUAGUGUGUGUAAUAAGUGACUAUACUUGUAGCUGUGGUAGUGAGAAAAUACCACAGAAUAUGUAUGGCAAUGUGAAGAGAAAAAUUAAAAUUCACUUUUGUAUGAACAUAAAA